CAGAGCCCUAAAUGUUAAGCAGAAGAGAGGGUGGCAAGAAGACGGGGUGGAGCUGCUAUUGGAGAAACCAGCACCAGCCAUGGGAAGGGCUGCCCAGAAAACCCUCAUCUCUUUACUCUGGCUAGCAGCAACAAUUUGUAAGGCUGAGGACACCUGCCCAGAGGUGAGGAUAGUGGGACUCAGCGGUUCUGAUAAACUCGCCGUUCUCCAAGGCUGUCCUGGGUUCCCUGGUGCCGCAGGAGCCAAAGGAGACCCAGGAGCUGCAGGAAUGAGAGGAGAAAGAGGUCCUGCUGGCGCCCCUGGAGUGAAAGGAGAUAAAGGAGCACCGGGAACCCUUGGAACAGUUGGAGAGGAAGAACUGGACAAUAUACAGUGUCAGAAAGGAGCAAAGAACUGCAAGGAACUGCUAGCCAGAGGGAACAUCCUGAGCGGCUGGUACACCAUCUACCCCCAUGACUGUAACGCCAUAACCGUGCUGUGUGACAUGGACACAGAUGGUGGAGGAUGGAUUGUGUUCCAGAGACGGGUGGAUGGUUCUGUGGAUUUUUACCGUGACUGGAGUUCAUACAAGAGAGGUUUUGGCAGCCGGCUGUCAGAAUUCUGGCUGGGGAAUGACAAUAUCCACCUGCUAACAUCCCUUGGAACCAAUGAGCUUCGUGUUGAUCUCAGAGAUUUUGACAACAAGUAUCAAUUUGCUACCUUCGGCUCAUUCAAAAUUGCAGGGGAGACUGAGAAAUACAAGCUGAUCCUUGGAGCCUUUGUUAAUGGCACUGCAGGGGAUUCAUUAACCAUCCACAACCACAUGCCAUUUACAACCCAAGACCGUGACAAUGACCAGUAUUCAGGUAACUGUGCAACAUCCUUUAAAGGAGCCUGGUGGUACCAAGAAUGUCAUUGGUCCAACCUGAAUGGAUUAUACUUGAGAGGAGCCCAUGAAAGCUAUGCUGACGGGGUGAACUGGAGGACCGGCAAAGGGCACAAGUACUCCUACAAGGUGUCAGAAAUGAAAUUUAGGCCUGUGUAGCCAAUCAGGGAGGCAGUUAUAGUAAUUACACUUCGCUCUUAUGCAGCAAUUAUAGGCCUGUCAUAUCGAUCAUUUAUCUGGAGACGUGCUGAGAUGAAUUCUUUUUAUAGCA